AGCUGCCUGGCGCUGGCUGCAGGGCUUUAGGACCCAGGGGUUGCCGAGUGGAGGAGUCUGAAUCCCCUCCCGCUGUCAUCCUCCUGCCUCUGCAGCUUUAUUCCUACAGCCUUCAAUGGUGACGGACUCCCUCCCACCCGGGCUGCCAGCCGGAGCCACAAGGCCUCGCUAGGAGCGGAUCCCUGCGGCUCCAUGGCAUCUCCCAGGACCAUCACCAUCGUCGCCCUCUCGGUGGCCCUGGGGCUCUUCUUCGUCUUUAUGGGGACGAUCAAGCUGACGCCCCGGCUCAGCAGGGAUGCCUACAAUGAGAUGAAACGAGCAUACAAAAGCUACGUGCGGGCCCUGCCCAUGCUUAAGAAGAUGGGAGUCAGCUCCAUCCUGCUCCGCAAGAGCAUCGGCGCCCUGGAAGUGGCGUGCGGCAUUGUCAUGACACUGGUGCCCGGUCGCCCCAAGGACGUGGCCAACUUCCUGCUCCUGCUCCUGGUGCUGGCCGUGCUCUUCUUCCACCAGCUGGUGGGGGACCCCCUGAAGCGCUAUGCCCACGCCCUGGUGUUUGGGAUCCUGCUCACCUGCCGCCUGCUGAUCGCCCGGCAGCCCGAGGAGCUGCCGCCCGACAAGAGGAUGCUGUCUGUGAACGGUGAUGAGCAGCCACUCAUCCACGAAGCAGCUCCCGAGAAAGGCAAAGUGAAGGUAUCCUAGCUGAGUGCAUGUGAGGAAACACGGACCCUCGAGGCAGCUCUCUCCAAAAUCACCCAGAAAAAUUUGGUUUUUAUUUACCUACUUGCUUUUUUUUUUUUUUUUUUUUUGUCUGUCUAAAUAAAGUUGCGCUUGGGGUCUGAGAGAUACAAGGUAUGUCUACACUGUAGUCUUGCUUUUGCUGCUGCCCUGUAAUGUAGAAAAACACAAGCUAGCUUCCACAGGGACAGCUUGGAGGCAGUCAGCAACCCGGCUGGAGCAGUGCUGGCCGCAGCAGGAGCUGCAAAACCAGCCUGAGACCCCUCAUCUGGGCAGGCACUCAGGCCACCCUGGCACUGCUGCAGUGGGCCGAUGGCCCUGAGCAGCAGCAGAGCUGCCCUGGGUGCUGCUGCUGCCUGGAGCAGAGGGUGGGCAGGCCAUGAGCAGUGUCCCUGUGCUGCCCCACACACACAUCUGCACUUCCCUUUCCAUGGUUAAGGGGUAAAAGGGACCCUGUUACCAAAAAA